AUGAAGCUUUUUGAAAUAUUUUUUCUAAGCGCAAGUGUUUCCGGGAUCAACUGGCCUGGUGGGAGAAAACUGACCUGGAGAGAGCUUCAAGAGAUCAUUUAUCGACCAGAAACGACUGAUUUACAAGCCAGAUCGCAGUUUAAAAAAUCCUGGGGAGCUCCGGUCGGCGGUAAAUUUUUGCCGCACCAGAAAUGCCCAGCUCUUCCGGAAUUCAAAGACUCGACCGGUUACGAAUGCGAUGGGGCCUCCUGCGCCAUCAAGUGUCGCCCGGGAUUUCAGCCAAUCGGAGAAGCGAGGACGAACUGCAUCAGCUCUAGAAAAUCAAAGCCAAUUUGGACCAAUACUAUUCGCGGCUGUGGAAGUUGCGUGCCGCCAGUUUUCAGCGACUUCAAUCUUCGGGACUUCUGCUUCGUCGAGAAAGACAAGAACCAGCGCGUUUGUAAGUGCAAAGCCCGUGAAGAAAUGCGAAUUCUAGAGGAGCCGCUUACUUGUGACCAAAAGCCACCAGGGUGCUUUGAUAUUUGGAACAAUAUCGAGAUCUACAGAACCUGGAGCUGUGAUACUUGCUACAUGAUUGAGGCAGAUCUCGUCCCGCCAAGUUCCUUCGACUCUUCGGACUUCUUCGAGCUUGGUCUGUCGACUCCAAUCAAAGAAGCGAUCCAAUGGUCUUUCCCGGUGAAGUCCGUGAAUCACACUGAAAUCAACAACGAGAACAUUGUCAAAAUCGAUUUUACAAACGGAGAUUUGGCGUCGAUUGAAAAAACUGGCUUCUGGAAAGUGAAAUUUCAAAUCGAAAUCAAGGAAUAG